AUGUCCCUCGACAGUUUACGGGAAACCUUACGCCAGGAGAAGACAAAUGAAGCCGCACUCACAUCCUCGACAUUGGAGCGACAUCUCCGCGCGCUCUGGAAGGUCACGGGCUGCUGCAAUGCCGUUCUGAACGGGCACCAGCCCCAGGCAGACGACUUUGUCUACGGCGACCCGGACGAGGACGAACGUCGUUUUCUAGAUGAAAAUGACAUUACAAAUCGCGUCUACAGAGGUCGACGCUUCAACGACGCAACACUACCCAUUCCAGUGGCUGUCACCGACAACCAGCCUCCGCUUCCGGCUACACUGCCGUUCCAAACCCCUACCAACUCUACAUUCACCAAGCCGUCACAUGCUCCCAUCGUCGGUACCCCGACCCUCGAGGAUCAACUUCGCGCCGCGUCGGCCUCACCAUCUGUCGCGACCCAGGCUUUGCCCUCUGCCGACGCAUCUUUGCAAAGCGACACCAUCAACGUUGUCCCUGGCGCCAAAGCCUCGUCCCACCCUGCCUCGCCUGCACUGGUCGGAAAAGUCGUAAGCGAGUCACAGCCUGGAGAAGCCCCGACCGUUCAACAAGUAGCGAAUUCCGAAGACUCUGCCAUCCACGCUCCUACCGCUGAUCCCAAGCAUGUCGCACCGCCAACUACUGAGGACUUGGAUGCUGCAGCGUUUCCUGACGCAUCCGUUGCCGCGCCUGCAGCAGACAAUAAGCCAAAGCCCCCGCAGGUAGUGCACUUGCCACGGCAAGAAGUCCAAGAAGCUAGAUUAGAGGAGACAGAGCAGAAGUUGGAGAGGGCUGCAGAGAAGGAACGGAGAGAAGACGAGCGCGAACGCCUCACGAUCCCACCCACAAAUGUGCCUGUCGAUGUAUCCUCCCCGUCUUCAACCGUCGGGCCCUACUCUCAAGCGACUCCACAUGCACAGCAUCAUUCUCCCGACACAAGCCCUGAUGCGGAAUCCUACAAGGACCGUAGUCUUGUUCCAUUACCCGGCGAUGAUGUUCUCGAUCCUGCUGCACAGCAGGUCAAGGACGACCACGAACGUGCUCUACAGAAGCGAAUGGACGAAGCAAGAGAGAAUGCGCGAGCACGAGAAGAAGAUUCGCCAACACCCGAUAUCGAAAAGCAGAUUGAAAACGAGCAGGCAAUACGACUGGCUCGUGAUGGAAAGGGCCAUCUUAGUGAAUUGCAGCCUAGCGGAGAUGCCCAUACUUUGACAGAAGACUUGGACUAUGGCACGCGUACGGAAGUCCCCGAAGUUGAGGAAGUGGCUGGGUCUAGGACCCAUCACGACGUUGCGGUUGAUUCAUUACCAACACCAACUACGGUCGCUGCGGAACCGCCGAACAUGGAUCACGACAAGCCCGAACACACAGUCAGCCAAACACAGGCCGCCGCCGAUCAUCCGACGCCUCCUGCUGAUGUCGAUGUUGAGAUGCAUGAUGCACCCACAAAGAAUACGCAGCCAUCAACUUCACCUCAACCUUCAAUACCCCGUCUUGAGCGAAUGACGACCCGUGUCUCUUCUGGAGCAAUUCGCCAAAAAUCGGUUUCCGAAAUCAUCGCAGAAAAGGCGGCCCCCAAUGCCAUUCUGACUCCCCGCUCGAGCAACUUGUCAGAAUCUACGAGCCCUCCCCGACAAAAAGCCGCACGCCGUAAAUCAAGGGAAAUUUCUACGGUUGUUUUUGCAAAAAAGACACCAACACGGGCUUCGAAAGCGUUACAAUCAUACAAUGAAGACUACGCAUCACUCCAAGGAGCUUCAGAAGAUUCGAGUCGGGAUUAUCUUGAGGGACUUUUCAAGUAUCAGGCCCAUCAUCCACCACGGUCUGUGCCUUUGCAGGAACUUGUCGCAUCUGCAAGAAAGACGGUAUCAACUGCGGGGACACUCGCUAUGAUUCGUGAGCAUCAAGACUACAAGAUCCUCAAGCGUGUAUAUCAGUUGCAGAACGCGAACCGAUGGUCGUUGCGGCAACUCCAAAAGGCCGCGGAACCUGAACGUCCCUUCACGCAUCAGGAUCAGCUACUGCUUGAUAUGAAAUGGAUGCAGACAGAUUUCAAGGAAGAGCGGAAGUGGAAGAAGGCCCUCGCUGCCACAUUUGCAGAAUGGUGUGCCGAGUACGUGAGCUGUUCCCCUGAAGAGCGAGCAACCUUGCGAGUCAGUGCACGUAUCCCGAAGACGGCAAGGCGCGCUAGCCAUGAUGAGGACAUGAACGAUGCUCCUACCCCCGAUCUUGUUCAUUCUAGCACGCAUGAGACGGAGAGUGAGUCAUAUGGUGAUGACGACGAUGUCCUUACCCCCGUCAAUGCCAAUCCUCCUGCGGGCCUAUUUUCUUUGGGCUUCAACGAUGUUGUCCUGAAGAUAGACCGCACUCCCGCCAGCGAUACUAUGUUUCGAGAACUGCCGCUCUACGACCCCAUGUUCGAGGGCUCCAGCGACACUAAUCCCUUCUCGCUCUCAGAACCACCUAUUCUUCCAGUCUCCAAAUUCGUUACUGGAAAGCUUGUUUCGCAAAUUCGAGGGCCGCCCAAGAAGCGGAGUAGGUUCGAUUAUGACUCGGAAGACGAGCCAUCUUCGCCCCCUAGUCGAGCCGGAACAUCCGCCGAGCAUUCGAUGCCAUCUACUCCAGGCCGCAGACUGUUCUGCCGUAACGACUUGCCACCAGAGAUGACUAGCGUUGCUCUGUUCAAUGCCGAGAACAAACACGUGAGGGACCGACUACAAGCUGCUCACCAAUUCAGACCACCAACAGAGUUCAACAUGCCCUCAGUUGCUUUCUUUGAAAACCGGACCCCUUCUCAAUGGUUGUGGGAGGAAGACCAAAAACUCCGAGCACUUGUCAAGGAGUAUACGUUCAAUUGGUCUCUGGUCUCACAACAACUCUCAUUGCCUUCGAUAUUUGUGUCCGGAUCGGGCCGACGAACACCGUGGGAAUGCUUUGAGCGCUGGGUACAACUGGAAGGUCUGCCAGCUGAGAUGUCGAAAACAAACUACUUCCGUACUUACCAAGGUCGACUCGAGACAGCCAACAAGACAGUGUUCGCCCAAUAUCAGGCUCAGCAACAGCAGCAACAGCAGCAGGGACAAACGCCAGGUCAACCGCGAAGAAGACCUACAACUACACCGAUACGAGUGGAGAGGAGGAGGGAGAACCGACAUCUUGCCAUUAUUGAUGGGAUGCGGAAACUGGCUAGAAAGCGCGAAUCUGCCGCACACAAGCAAGCCGAGUCGCAGAAGGCGGCUGCGCUACGUAAAGCGCAUGAGCCUGCGCCACCGAAGAGCAACGUUCACACGCCGCAAGAGUUCAGUAGGCUCAAGUGGGAACGCGAAGAGAAAAUGAAGCAAAGGGCAAUGGCGCAGGAGAUGAUCGCUAGGCAGCAAAUGUUGGCACAGCGGCAGCAAACUCAAAUGCAAGCGCAACCAGGAAUGCCGAAUGGUAUUAACCAGAUGCAACGCAACGGGACACCCGGUAACAAUAUUCCUCCGCAGAUGGCUAAUGCAUCCUUGCCGCAGGGUCAGAACGGCCCCGCAAUGGCAGCGCGGGCGCACCAAUCCCAACAAGGAAUGCAAGCCAAUUUCGCCAACGGCAGCAUGUCAGGCAUGCCUAUGGGUACACCAGGCGUUCCACAAGCACAGAUGCAGGGCAACAUGCAGAAUGCACGUAUGGGUCCGCCGGAUCAGAUGCGCAUGGCUAUGCAAAGGGGCCAGUUCAACGCUAGCCAGCAACAUCAAUUCCAGCUGCAACAGCAACAGAUCAACAUGGCCAGUAGCCUCACUCAGGGUAUGGGCAUGAACGGUAUUCCUAAUGCAAACAUGAUGGCAUCCAUGCCUAACCAGAACUUGAACGGAGCCAUGAAUGGAAACUUAAAUAAUGCUAUGAAUGGGAUGUCAACCACCGCAGGAUCUCCACGGAUAAGCCAAGGCAAUGGGAACAUGCAAACACCUUCUCGGCCGUUGUCCAGUGGGCACAUGCCUCAGCUCUUGCAGUUCCAGAACCAAUUAAAGGUACAGCAUCCGGAUUGGACCCAAGAACAAGUUUCCAAACAGGCCUCCGACCACCUCUCCCGAUACCUGGCUAAGCAACGUUCACAGGCAAUGAAUGCAGCAGCAGGAUCUUCUGGAAUUUCUCCCAGCCCGCAGAUGGCAAACAACCAAUAUUUUCAGCAGAAUGGUGGGCUAGCCAAUACUGCUCAGCCGAGUGCAGUACAGAACUACCAACAGCAACUCGUUCAGCAACAGCGGCUGAUGGCUAGACAGCAAGGCGGAAGCCCGGGACUAAAUGCUCGCCCACCGAGCCGGAGCGCUACGCCUCAAAACCCACAAAUGCAACAGAGUCCGGGCAUGCAGCAAGCGCAGAUCAACCGGUCUUAGGUACCCCGAUUGGCAAUUGGGAACCUCUGCGAGGCCGACCCAUGAUCCUUGGCCUGUAUAUACUUUUAAUGUUCCUCUUUUAGCGUUGUUUCUUCUUGCGAGCGUGUGUGCAGAAAACGUUGUUUGUUGUAGUUGCGGUCGGCCGCCCUCAUGAGAGAGGGUUGGUGUUGGUGUGGCGCUGGUAUGAUGGAUGAAUCCGGGCCGUCGGUUUGGGAGCAGAAACAAGGUGUUCUUGUUUGUAUCGGCUGCACGAUAACAAUGGCUGACAACAAGACAAAAAGCUUGCCUGGGGUGAUUUGUGCUAGAGUAUCAAGUAAGAACUCGAUCAAAGCCGUCGAGGAAUGAAAUAUUCGUACCGUCAUG